GGGGAGAGCCGCCCGCGCGUGGGGUAGUCGUAUAGAAACUUUGAAAGAGUUUUCUGAGUUGGGCAGGGUUUUGGGGAGAGUGUGUUUGAGAAGUGCGAGCGUAGAGUGGUGAAACUCAUAAAGUGCGUGCUUGAGUGGGCGUUGGUAGGGGUGUAGCCAGAAAGUUAAAGCUCCACUUGGGGUGUGAUCCUGCGUGUGUCUCGGUGAGCUGGCACGUCCUGGGAGGAAUUUCUUCACAGGAAGAGAGAGUUUGCUUUCUAAAGCACAAGGUUUAGGCUCCAGCUCAGUCAAGCUUCGAGGGGGCUCGCUGUUUAUGAAUGUUGGGAAAUCAGAGAAGCAAGAAGAAGAUUUUAGACAAACACCUCAUGUGAACAUCAAUCCCUUCACUCCCGAUUCCAUGUUUCUUCACAACUCUGAAGGCAAAUGUCGUCGGAGGAAGAGGAUACACUGGAAUGACUCUUGUGGAGAGGACAUGGAACCAAGCGAUGGAGAGCCUGAAGAGGAAACCAUGAGACCUGCUAAGAGGAUAACAAUAACAGAAAGUAACAUGAAGUCACGGUAUGCAACCGAAUUCCAUGAACUGGAGAAGAUUGGAUCAGGUGAAUUUGGCUCCGUGUUUAAGUGUGUGAAGAGGCUGGAUGGCUGCAUCUAUGCAAUAAAACGCUCCAAGAAACCCUUGGCUGGCUCAGUGGAUGAGCAGAAUGCUUUGAGAGAGGUCUAUGCACAUGCAGUUCUGGGACAGCAUUCUCAUGUAGUGAGGUACUACUCUGCAUGGGCAGAAGAUGAUCACAUGCUUAUACAGAAUGAAUAUUGCAAUGGUGGCAGUUUAGCAGAUGCCAUAAGUGAAAAUUACAGAAAUAUGCGUUACUUUACUGAACCAGAACUGAAGGACCUGCUGCUUCAAGUAGCUCGAGGUUUAAAGUACAUUCAUUCAAUGUCCCUGGUACACAUGGAUAUCAAACCUAGUAACAUUUUCAUAUCUAGAACAUCAGUCCCGAGUAUAACUCUAGAGGAAGGCGAUGAUGAUGACUGGUCAUCUGAUAGAGUCAUAUUUAAGAUAGGUGACCUGGGCCACGUAACUCGAGUCUCUAGUCCUCAGGUGGAAGAAGGUGACAGCCGUUUCCUUGCAAAUGAAGUCCUACAAGAGAACUACACUCACUUGCCGAAAGCGGAUAUUUUUGCUCUGGCUCUGACUGUUGUCUGUGCUGCUGGGGCUGAGCCACUUCCAACUAAUGGGGACCAAUGGCACGAAAUUCGGCAAGGGAAACUGCCCAGACUACCACAAGUGCUUUCUCAAGAAUUACUAGACUUACUAAAAGUUAUGAUUAAUCCUGAUCCUGAGAAAAGGCCUUCAGCCGUGGCACUGGUGAAGCAUUCAGUGCUUCUCUCUGCCGCCAAAAAGAGCGCGGAGCAGCUCCGGAUAGAGCUGAAUGCUGAAAAGUUCAAGAACUCGCUCUUGCAGAAAGAGCUGAAGAAGGCCCAGAUGGCGAAGGCUGCGGCCGAGGAGCGCGCGCUGUUCACGGACAGAAUGACCACGAGAUCCACGACGCAGAACCGCCCGUCACGGCUCAUCGGCAAGAAGAUGAACCGCUCCCUGAGCCUCACCAUCUACUGACGGGGAGUGCAGAGGAACUGCAGACGUGGCCACUGCUCCUCUGCCUGCUUCCUUUGUCCUGCCAUCAGUAUCACCAGUUUUGUAGCUGUUGCUUCUGGGUUUUUCCUUGUACUCUGUGGCUGGUUCUGUAUGAACCAUGGAACGGACUCGGUUACUCUCCGUCUGUAGAGGAUCCUGGAUGUUAUUCCAUAAGCCUUUCGGUUACACUGUUAGAUGUUACGUUGUCCCAGGGUUAACCACUAUAGUGGUGUGCUGCUUUGUAGUGUUACAGCCUUGUAAUAAGAAGCAAUAUCCCUAAUCUUUUAAGAAGGAGGGAGGGGGCCUUACUUUGAUAGUUAAUUUUUU